AUGGGACAAGUCAGCGUCAAUAUCCCCCACCUGGCCGAGAAUGAGAACUCGAAGCAGCUCAUGGUCAAUGAAAGACCAUUUCUCAUGCGAGCCGGUGAACUUCAGAACUCUUCCUUAACCUCAGUCGAGUACAUGGAGCCGGUUUGGCAGAAGAUGGUAGACACGAACAUCAAUACCUUGCUCGGCUGUGUCACCUGGGAAAUGAUCGAGCCCCAGGAAGACAUCUUCGACUUUUCUGUUCUCGACGAGAUUAUUCUUGCGGCACGGAAGUAUUCUAUGCAUCUCGUGCUGCUCUGGUUUGGCUCAUUCAAGAAUGGACUCUCAACCUACGUGCCACCAUGGGUGAAACAAGAUCCAAAGCGUUUCCCCCGAGCCAAGCUGCGUAAAGCUGGCGGCCGUCUCGAGACGGCCGAUGUUCUAUCCAUAUUCCAUCCAGAGGGCCGUAAAGCCGACGCAAAAGCUUUUGGUGCGCUCAUGAAGCAUCUGCGCGAAUUCGACGAGUCGCAUUCCACUGUAAUUAUGGUCCAGGUCGAGAACGAAAGCGGCCUACUUGGAGAUUCGCGAGAUGGGUCUGAGCUUGCCGAAAAGGCCUUCCAUGAGCCAGUCCCGCAGGGCUUGGUACACUUUCUUUCUUCGGACUGGGGUCAGCUGAACAAGGACAUAAAGGAGCAGAACCUGGCCCAGUUUAAACCCCGCUGUGAAUCUUCCACGACUGGGAGAAGAGACUGGGAGACCGUUUUCGGAUCGAGUCCCCGAACUGACGAGCUAUUCAUGGCAUAUCACUACGCGCUCUACGUCAACGAAGUCGCUACGGCCGGCAAGGAACAAUACCCUAUCCCACAUUAUACCAACUUGUGGAUGAACUACGCAGGAGAAGAUUCGGACAAUGACUUUCCCGUCGUCGUCGGCGGAGGCGGUAUGCCGGGAGACUACCCUUCUGGCGGAGCUGUGAGCAACGUGAUGGAUGUGUGGAUGCAUUUCGCACCUCAGUUGGAUUUUCUCGGCCCCGACAUUUAUCUAAACGACUACGCAACGUCGUGUGCCAUGUACAGACAUAGGAACCAGCCACUCUUCGUCCCGGAACAGCGACGGGAUGAAUACGGCGCUCGCCGCAUCUGGAUUGCCCAUGGAUCUUAUGCGGCCAUGGGGGUUACUCCAUUCGGUGUCGAUACCGUAGAUCCUGAGGAAAACCCCUUCACUAAACAUUAUGGGCUGCUCAAGUCCGUUUCGGCGAUUGUGCUCGAGGCCCAGCGUCAUCCCAACUCAUCUAUCGGCUUUUGCUUUGACGAAAUACCAGAUGGUUCUUCUGGCAACCUCUCUCGCCCUGUCAAGCGAAUUUGGGGUGAUUUCGAGAUCACCAUCGAUCGAUGCUUCGUCUUCGGGAAGCCCGGACCAGGCUCAGGCAUGGUGAUUAGCUGCGGACAUGGCAAGUUCCUCCUAAUUGGUUGGGGCUUCCAGGUCAGCGCGAAGGCUGUAACCCAGAAGAGCACUUUCACUGGUAUCUUGAAGUUCGAGGAAAAGGCAGUUGAUGACGCGGAGACUGGUCGUUUGAGAACAGUGCGUGUUUUGAACGGAGAUGAAACGAAGAGUGGCAGCUUUGCUAUGAUGCCCAACGAGGACCCUGACUAUGGCGGUUUCCCCAUAUCGGUUACUGUUCCGGCAAGGACGAUGAUUGCUGAGGUGACUUUUUACUCUAUUUCUGACUAG